GUUGUGCGACCGACGUGCACUGUGCAGCAGUAUCUUCCUGAUUCUUUCAAGUUUCUUCCUCAAUUCCAGUUCUACUUCCUUUAAAAUUAUGUGGCAAGAUAACAAUGCAUACGGCGCAUCGUCUUCCCAAAAUACUUACUACUCCCAACCUGCCCAGGGAGCUCCCCUGCAAUUCUAUUCUCCAUCCGGUUCAGAUGGAAGCUCAUUUUAUCCUGGAUCACGUCCUAGUCUAGAAGGAAGCAUGGGAGCACAAGGAACAAUGUCCCAAGGCCCCAGUGGUCCAGGAUUCGGAGGGAAUAUUCAGGUUCAAGGUCCAUGGUGGACGGCAUUUGGUACGGGAGGUUUUGAAGGCGAACCACCGUUACUGGAAGAGCUAGGAAUCAAUUUUUCUCAUAUACGCGCUAAAUCCAUGACCGUACUCAAUCCGUUGAGCAGCGUGGACGACCAUAUAAUGGACGACGCAGAUCUUGCAGGACCCAUAAUCUUCUUCUUCUGCUAUGGCCUAUUCCUAUUGUUUUCAGGGAAACCAAAUUUCGGAUUCAUCUACGGGGUCGGCCUUUUCGGCUCAGUCUCCAUUUAUAUGCUCUUGAACCUCAUGUCGGAGCAGGGUAUUGAUGCAUAUCGCGUGGCCUCUGUGCUUGGCUACUGCCUGCUCCCCAUGGUAGGCGUCGGUGGCGUUAGUAUCAUGGUGGCUUUAGAUGACAUGUUUGGUUAUCUUCUUGCACUUCUCUCUAUCAUUUGGUGCACUUAUUCGGCAUCUGGCAUAUUUGUUGCUGUCCUGCGUAUGUCCGACCAGCGUCUUUUGGUCGCUUACCCUGUUGGGCUUUUGUAUGGCUGUUUUGCUCUGCUGAGUGUCUUCAGCGGUUGUUCGAACGUUGGAAAAUGACCUUUUGAACAUUGGUAUGGACAGCUUCGAAUUAUAUAAAAUGUACGUUAGCAGUAAGAGGAUUAAAAUAGCGAAUAUACAAUAUCAUACCCGAA